UCAGGAUUCAGAGGGCCCUUUGGAGGAACAUGAUGAUAGGGAUGUUCCAUCACUUUUUGAUCCGACGGCACUGACACAGGAUGACGAUGAUACAAUCCCCCCCACACAAGCAGAUGACGAGACACUUCCGCCGACGCAGGACAUGGAGACUGCAGAGAGUGAUAUGCCACUCUUGGAUGAAGGGCCAGGCUCCGACCCCACUCUGAUGACAGGAACAGAGGCGGGCAAUAUGGCACCAUUGGACGAGAUGACAUCGCACGACGCUGGUUCGUCAAAGAAAAAGCAGGGGAGAGGGGCGGCACGAAUGCCGCGUGGAUGGGGAAAAGAUCACAGGAUGCUUGUAUUCACAUCGCCGGAUGGUAAAAGCAUCGUCGGACCCGACGUAAACGAGUACAAGACAGCCAUUGGGGUCAUUGCACGCAACGGAGCUCGACUUCCUCUACAUUACCCCACGUUCGCUGAGAUACCGGAGACGAAGAGACAGGGUGCAUGGAUGGAGGUUCAGAGUAACAGCGGAUUACCAGACUCAGCGGAGAAAGUGGUCUUGGCUGACCUAAGGGAAGUUUGGAGGCACUGGAAAUACAGCAUCAAAUCAACUUACUUCAAUCCGAUCGAGGACGAUGAAGAAGCACUGAAGAAGGUUCCCUCAAGCAGGAUUGUGCCCGAUCAGUGGCCGAAGUUGGUUGAGUAUUGGCGCGACGAGAAGGUGAAGCUUCAAUCCAAGAAAAAUGCGUCGAACGUAGCGAAAAGAAGCUUUCCACAUCGUACUGGGCGGAAGUCAUUCACGACUCUGGCAGAGGAGAUCAAGGCAAAGGGGAAGGACCCCGACAAUCUGGAGAUUUGGAUUUCCAGUCGCACACAAGGCAAGGGAAAGGAUGACCAAGAAACCGAGGAGAUAUUGAAUGAGCUAAACAAGGUUCCCCCUGAAGGGCGGACUCCCUCUGUUCGGGAGACUCUGUACCGACGGGCCCUUGGGGGAAAGAUUAAGAAGCGGUCAAAGGUCGACAGUGCGGCAAGUUCAGCUCAUCCCCGCAGCGAGUCAACUGGUUUAACAGACAGUGUAGCAUUCCAGCAUGGGUGGGAACAACUACAGAAUGGAAUGGAGGAGCUGAAGGCAAUGAUGGAUGAGUUCAAAACCAUCAAGGCUGAUGUGUAUGCAUUCAUGCACAGAAACUCCGGAGCGGUUACUGGCCAGGCAGGCACAUCUCGUAUUGAUUCAGUCCCUGAGAUUCCCAGGCCUGUGUCCGAGCCAAGCAUGACGGUCGGCACACAUGUGCUUCUAUUAUCCCGCACCGGUGAGAAAAAAGUUGUUGCAGAGGGACUUCUGCUCUGCCCCCCUGGGCCAGGUGACACACUUUCCUUGGUCAAGGUCUUCGUGACAUCCGCGUCAGUCCCGGACACACCCCUUAUUUUGCCGACCAUUUCUGGGGCGACUACCCUUCGCGAUGUCGUCGGCGAAGAUCCUAUUGAGUGGAGCUACAAGGACCUCAUGCGCCGGGCUUGAAAUGUUGGUACCGAUACACCCAUGUUAAUUGCCCCGUUUGUCAUAUGGAUUGAAUGUCGAACCUGUCUUUGGAUGGAUUGUGUUGAGUUUUUGUUGAACUAUGUCUGGAAUUGAUGCGUAGACCUUUGUGGUUUGAAUUCGUAUGGUGAAAAAUGUGCCUAAUGGGAUUGAUGGAUAACCGUAUUUGCUUAUUGCGUUGUUUACUUGUGUUUGAACUGUUAAGCACGUUUUGCGGAACAGGUUGUUGAUGUGUAGAUACUAGUAGGCUUGUUCUAUGGGUUGCUUUACUUUGUUGGUAGGUAUGGAAUUCAGAUUUUAAUA